CUCCUGGAAGAGGAACUCUCCUGUUCUAUGUGCUCUGAAAUCUUCAGGGAUCCUGUUGUCCUGAGAUGCAGUCACAGCUUCUGUGAGGCCUGUCUGCAGCAGUACUGGGAUCAGAAGGGAUCUCGAGAGUGCCCAGUUUGCAGGAGAAGUGCUUCUAUGGAUUAUCCUCCAAUUAGCCUGUCUCUGAGGAAUGCCUGUGAGGCGUUCUUAAAGGAGAGAAGUCAGAGAGCUAAAGCAGGAUCUGAAGUGCUCUGCAGUCUGCACAGUGAGAAACUCAAACUCUUCUGUUUGGUGGAUCAAAUACCCGUCUGUGUUAUCUGCCAAACUUCAAGAAAACAUGAAAACCAUAAAAUGCUACCAGUUCAGGAGGCUGCAGAAGAGUAUAAGGAGAAACUCAGGACUGCACUGGCUCCACUGCAGGAGAAGCUAAAAGCCUUCAAUGCAGUGAAACGAAUCUGUGAUCAAACAGCAGAGCACAUCAAGAGCCAGGCCCAGCACACAGAGAGACAGAUAAAGAUGGAGUUUGAGAAACUUCAACAGUUCCUAAAAUAUGAAGAGGCAGCCAGGAUCACUGCACUGAGGGAGGAAGAGGAGCAGAAGAGUCAGAUGAUGAAGGAGAAGAUUGAAAAGAUGACAGAAGAGAUAUCAUCCCUUUCAGAACAGAUCAGAGCCAUAAAACAGGAGCUGGGAGCUGAAGACAUCUCAUUCUGUGUGUCUCUCAGUGGGGCUGUGAGUGUGUGUCUCAGUGGGGCUGUGUGGCAGAACGCUGGGAGGGAUGGAGCCAUUUUCUUACAGAAUGAAGAUCUGAUGUUGCUGCUGAUAAUCUUCUAUGGUAAUGAAGCCACGCCCACAGCACAAGUGACUCCUGAAUAUUAUUGCAGAGCCCAGUGCACACUGGGGGAUCCAGAGAAGGUCUCAGGAGCACUGAUUGAUGUGGCCAAGCACCUGGGCAAUCUGAAGUACAGAGUGUGGGAGAAGAUGCUGGGGACUGUUCAAUACACUCCUGUGACUCUGGACCCAAACACAGCACAUCCCGACCUCUCACUGUCUGAGGAUCUGACCAGUGUGAGAGACAGUGAUGAGAAACAGCAGGUUCCUGAUAAUCCAGAGAGAUUUGAUUGGUGGGGUUGUGUGCUGGGCUCUGAGGGAUUCAGCUCAGGGAGACACUGCUGGGAUGUAGAAGUGGGGGGUGGGGACUGGUUCGUGGGUGUGGUUAAAGAGUCCAUCAGCAGGAAAGGGGUUGUUGAUCUGAGGCCAGCAGGAGGAGUGUGGGGUAUAUUUAAAUAUGGCAGUGGGAAAUACGCAGCCCUGACCUCUCCAUCUACAGCCCUCACUGCGCAGAGGGAACUCCAGAGGGUCAGAGUGCAGCUGGACUGGGACAGGGGGGAGGUGUCAUUUUCUGACCCCCGUAACAACACUCCUCUCUACACUUUUAAACACUCCUUCACCAAGAGACUGUUUCCAUUCUUUAAUUUUUCUUCUCUCCAGACUCGUAUACAGAUCUGUCCAAUGAAGGUGUCUGUAACAGUGGAGUAG